AUGUUCUUCAACCGCGUGCGCUCGUUGUUCAGUUGCUCGUGGACGUAUUUGUGGCUCUUCUGGUUCAUUCUCAUCGUUGUCCUCGUUUACAUGCUGCGCGGGCCCCUAAAAAUUUCCGAGCAAUUCGAAAAUGCCUCAAACUCGGCAUCCACGUACUUCAACAACCUUACACCAAAAUUUUAUGUGGCCCUGACCGGGACGUCAAGUCUCGUGUCCGGGAUAAUAUUGAUUUUUGAAUGGUGGUAUUUUAGAAACAACGGCGUCGAUGCCUCAAGUGAUGAGGGGAGCGAUAAUGAAGAUAAUAUUGACUCAAGUCGCGCAAUUCCAGCCCUAGAAUGCAAGUACUGGCGGAAUCCGCUGGGCCUUUUCCGAGGUGCCGAGUACAACAGGGUGAAGAAGGAGACGGGCAUCGAGCCGCUCUCGUAUUUCGACAUGAACCUCUCUGCCCAGGAUCAUCAGAGUCUUUUCACGUGCGAAGAGGAUAUCGGGCGACCGGAUUAUGAAAUAAUGCAAGUGGCUUGGCGCGAACGCGACAGCUACUCCCGAAUCAAUGCCGCUCACGAAGCCCUCAGUAUCAACCCCGAAUGCGCACCAGCGAUGAUCCUCCUUGCUGAGGAGGAAUGCGAAACGGUGUCAGAUGCUGAAGCCAUGCUCAGAAAAGCCUUGGUAGCUGCCGAAACGGCGUACAUUCGAUCUCAGACGGCAUAUCAAUAUGGAGACAUCGGACAUAGAAGGGACGGCGUCAUCUGUGCCUAUAUCCGACGACGAUUGGCGAUGUGCGCUCGGAAACAAGGCCGCCUUCGUGAAGCGAUCAAGAUGAUGCGCGAGAUUGUAAAAUUCCCCCUUUAUGCCAUGCUCGGACUGCAAGAGAAUCUAAUCGAAGCCUUCUUGGAGAUGCAAGCUUAUGCCGAUGUCCAAGCGCUCCUCGUCCGCUAUGAUGGUUUUGAUAUUCGCGAGCCAAAAUCUGCCGUGCUUUGCUACACGUCGGCGUUGCUGAAAACGAGAAACGUAUCGGACAAAUACGGAGUCGAGGUUCGGCGCGGCCUGUCGGCAGCUGAACAGACGGCGGUUGAUGCCAUACGUCGCGCAAUCGAAUUCAACCCUCAUGUGCCACAAUACUUGCUUGAAAUCCGUCCCCUCAUCUUGCCACCGGAGCACUACUUGAGGCGGGCUGAUUCGGAAGCGCUCGCCUACGCAUUUUUCCACAUACAUCACUGGAAGCGGAUCGACGGCGCGCUCCAUUUACUCGAAUGUACCUGGAAAGGAGUUUUCAACGGGCUGAGUCGCUCCACCGACCGGCUGUUUUACUCGUAUUCGCAGCAGUUGGAAUCGGCUGAUCGUGAAUUAUUACCGGAAUGGCAUCAAAUGUCUGUGUUCCCACGCAAAGAGAAUCCACUCUGGGGUCUCGGGCAGUCGCUGGUGUGCCUUGCCGCGUGCGUCGUGGCUCUCAUUGUUCAUAAUGCGCCGUCGUCUACAUACGAGUUUUUGGUAAAUGCUAUUCAUCACUUGUGGACAUUUUUCGCGGCUUUGUUGAGUUAUCUCUACACCUGGGUGCCGGAGAACGUGCAGUACACUGUGGUGGCCGUAUAUGGGAACAGUGCCACUUUCAUGGCACAGACGACCAGCAUUAUUGUCAGCAAUGAUGGAAAACGCGUAGUUGAGUCACUAUUGAAUGAUCUGCGAGCCCUAUCCACCGAGGCCAAGAAAAAGUACAAUUCCGUCAAGGAGGCAGCCGAAUCAGCCGUUGUCAAAGUGCGAAACAUCUCCACAAAUUCCAACGAUGCCUCAUUACUUACAAACUUACGCGCCGGCAGUUCUGAGCUGCUGCAUCCACUGCUUACCGGAUGCUCAACAAGGAAUUCUCGAUUGGUCCAAAUAUCGCUACAGGCGAUUCAACGACUUGUAGAGCAUCGGAUUCUGGAAACAGCGUCGGCGGCCGCAGUUGUUUCGGAACUAUGGAGCCUGCUCGAGGCGGGAUGUGAAGAAUUGCGUCUGCUCCAGACCUUGACACCAUUUGUCUGUACAGAUCUCCUGGUUUCUGGCCCGAAUCUUGCCCGGUGUCUCGUGAUAUGCUUUCGGCUAAACUAUUCCAAAGAUCCGAUAGUGAUCAAUACCGCAUCAGCAACAAUUCGUAAUUUGGCCGGGAAUGUCUUUUUGCGAGUACAGCAGGAGGAUGGUAUGCGGGGUCCGGACACAGUGCCACCUACAAUACCGAGAAAUACAAAAGCCCCUCCAGCAUCGCUACGGCCCUGUGCAGCGGAUGCGUAUAUGUUCUUCCGGGACCUUUGCUUACUUGUGAACGGCGAGCAACCGAUUUGGCUAACCGGCAUUGACGAGAUCAGUCGCACGCUCGGCCUCGAGCUUUUGGAGGCUACCAUCGGCCAAUAUCCCUCCGUUUUCUUCAAGCAUCCCGAGUUCGCCGCACUCUUAAAGGAAGAUGUCUGCCCACUUGUCAUCAAGCUCUUUUCCCCGAACGUCAAGAAUUUUCACGGGUCAUACCAGAACCAAAACGCUACGGCAGCGGGUGCUAACUCGCCGCUUCGCCCCCAGUUUCCGAUUGCCAUGCGGCUGAUUAGGAUAUUGGUUCACCUAAUUGGACACUACCAUCAGCUCCUGGCCACGGAGUGCGAAAUAUUCUUGUCGUUGCUGCUGAAGUUCCUCGAGUCGGACAAGUUGGGAUGGCAACGUGCCCUUUCAUUGGAAGCCUUGCACCGGUUGCUAUCGCAGGGAUCAUUUUUACUUUGGCUGGUUCGCCAUUUCGACAAAAAGGCAUCCGCCGUGAAAGUGUGCGAGAACUCUUUCAAAGGAGUGGCUUCAUACGUGGCCUCUGCCUUCACCCGGAAUAAUUUUAGCUCAAGCAACUCUGAUGGGAAUGGCGCUGAUUUUUCCAAUGGCCCAAACUCGGUACCCAAUGCCGGUUUCCGAAUAAAUGGCUCCGGGCUGAUUCCGCUCGUCGAUAUACAAUCGAAACGUGGCCUUUUCUUGGAAUACCUUGAAAAGCACGACGCGCCCCAGGUGCAAGAUGGGUACUGUCUGUCAAGGGCUGCCGCCGUUCUCGCGGAUUCGACACAAGCCCUCUUUGCCGCCGUGGAUCAUGUACAGCUAAAUGAAUCAUCAGAAAAUUCGCCCCCGGCUGAGCAAAACGGAAAUGAACCUGGUGUAGAAGAUGAUCUAGCCCUUUUCACGGCCUGCUAUCCCAGCCUCCUCUCUUCCGUCAGCUUGCUUCUCGAAGCCAGCAAUGACGAAUCGACUUCCGACUCGAUGCUGAACUGCCUCUCGACGCUGUCGAUGAUGGCGUGCAAACUGAAGGAGGCCCGGGCACGCGAAGCUUGUCUCUACGCAUUCUGCUCAUCUGCACUCCCGGGACGCAAUUACCUACAAAAAUACUGCGGUCUGCCUCCACCCACCGCACUCAGCAAUUUCGCAUCGUUGCUAAUUUUUUCCGGCGAGGACAAGCAUGAGGAAAACGAUCUGGGGAUUCAGCAGGUGAUGGCCACCGGGACCCCAUGCCCUUCGAUCCACUAUCCAAUGCCGAAUGCUCACGUGAUGUUGACGGCAAAGAACAUGCAAUGUCUUCGCCUGUUAUUGGGAUGUGCAUCGGCUGUCGCGGGCGAGGUCGGUGCUUCAUGGCCGCUCGUCCUUGUCACCCUGCAGCAGACGCUUUGGCUUCUGGCGAUGCGCCCCUAUCUCAGCGGGUUGUACACAAAAUCGGCCAAUGACCAGGAAACGGCCGGCCCUCCUUCAACGAGUACGGUGACAACGGCUGCGAGAGGUGACGUGCCCAUCGUGGCGUCGAUGGUGGAUAAGAUUUUUGAGGAGGUCCGAAAGGGAGACGAUGUCGCCCUUCACCAUUUAAUCGCCGCACUCGCAAAAUUGUCCGGAGAUGCGCUGACGCUGCCGCAUGGCGCUCGUGAGGCGGCUCUGUUUCCGCUGGCCAAACUCCUACACACCGGCACCGUGAACCUGUUCAGAAUGCACAUUUAUUGGCAGCCGCUAACGCAUCAUAUAAUCGAGGAUUGCAACCACAGCAACAAUGGUGUACGCGAGUGGGCGGCGACCGGACUGACAAGUUUGCUACGCGUCGCCUUGCAAGCGAAGACAGACUUAUCGCAAGAGGAAAAAGAGCGCUUCGUACUCGGCUCGCUGGUGGCUCUCUCGGCGAACACCUACGCGGACGUGAGGACGAAGCAGAUCGAGUGUCUGGUGGCCAUUCUGCACAACCAAGGCUCACAGCUGCACCCAUCGAUGUGGAAGGACAUCAUCGCCAUCAUUGCCGACGUCGUCGACCCGCAAUUCAAAUUUGGCGAUCAACUAAUCAAAGAUGGCUACGAUGCCCUACAUCUCGUCACAUCGGAUUUCCUCCAGCAAUUACCUUGGGAAUGUGUGGAACAGCUGGUGGAAGCCGUCAAGCGCUACGGCAUGCAAACGGCCGAGCAGAACAAGGCGCUGUCGGCCAUUUCGCAGCUAUGGACCAUCUCGGAUUUUGUGUUCCGCCGUAACGACAUUAUGGGUGCCGACGCAGCCGAAAAGGUCUGGCUGGUGGUCUAUGUCUGCCUAUCAGAGCUGUGCGUCGAUGGAAGAUCGGCCGUGAGGAAAAGUGGUGUCUCCACCCUGCUUCAGACAAUCGCCGCCCACGGCCAUGCGCUUCGCCCAACUACGUGGCGACAUAUGAUUUGGCAGAUAAUCCUGCCGCUGGUGGACAAGGUGCGGGCGCAGUGGCGAGGCGCAUCGACUGAACGGAUGGAGGGCGGCGAGAAGUUCCUCGUGCAUCACUCCCGUGACACUGAAGCGAAGCAAUGGACCGAGACGGCCAUCGCCACGCUGCAUGCUGUCUGCCGGGUUUUUACGACACAACGGAACACGCUGCUGCAGUUGGAAGACUUCGACAGCGCAUGGGAAAGCCUGCUUGGCUACUUGGAAUGGGGAGCCAGCACCUCAAAUGCCGAGCUUUCGCUUGCCUCCUUGAAGUGCUUCCAAGAGGUCCUUCUCGGCAAGGUAUCCGCGCAGACGCUCGAUAUGAAUACACGAGAGAAGAGCUCCACGAGCCUCAAGGAAUUGGUUGCCGGCGGUGAAGUGCCUCCAUUGCCCCAGAAAUUAUGGAUUGUCUCAUGGAAGAGCUGGAUCAGGAUGGCCAAAUCAUUGUACGUCGUGCGGCCGCCAGCGGAUGAUCCGAAGGAAGCACCAUACGUUCCGGGGCCAUCGCAUCUGACAACGCUGCUUCACAUCUUCCCGCCACUGUUCGAACGCGUUAAGCGGGACUUGGCCGUUGACGAGUUGCACUACGAUAAUCUGCCAUCAACUUUGGAGGCGAUAACCUUUCUCCCGAUUGCCACAGCCCAGUCACCCUUUGUGUUGCACCAGGCCGGCACUUUGACACCGACCCAGGAAGCAGUGAUGGACGCCGUCAAAGGCAUCUACGUGGAAAUGAUCUCGCCCGGCUCGUGCUUACGCGGAGCCCUACCGUCUCUGUUGAAGUUGCUGCUCAAGUUUGCUGUAUUGGCCGCCCAACCGCCGGCAAGGCGCAACGACUCGCAACGAGAUUAUCGUGAAUGGGCCUGCGCUCAGGUGAUCCCAUUUGCCGAAUCUUCACUUCGACUAUGUGUCGAAUCUUUCGCCGCCACAGCCCAUUAUCGAGAAGUUGUCGAAGCAGGGUCCUUGAUAGAAUUUGUCCAGGUUGUUUCCAAAAUCACGGCGCUGAAAUACGCGUGCGUAUCUCCGUCAUCCUGGCGAUUGGCCGCUUCCGCGUUGCUGAAUGUGCUUCGGAUUGGGCUGCCGAUUGCGCGACAACAUCCGACCAACUUCACGAAGCUGUGGCCGGAGUUGUCGACGGCAUUCGACACGACACUCUUCUCCCCGAAUGGCUGCUCGACGUUGAACCCGGAUGAACGGAAGAGGGACGAAUACAUUGAUUGCUCCUUUGUGGAAUUGAUCAGGGCUGAAAUCCUGCCGUUCUGCCAGCAAUUCCCCCCGGAAUUCGUGGGCCGCAUCAUCGACAUCCUGAACCGGGGCUCCAUCUGUGCCCUCGACCCGACCGAUGUGCUAGCUUCAGAAUCCUACACGCAACGCGUCGAGCUCUCUCGCGCCUGCUUCGAUGCGCUGCUGUCGAUGAGCAAGGAUGACUCGAAGGACGAGCUGAUCAGGGAGAAAGACCCGCUCGCGUUGGCCGCGUUGACGAGUCUGAUUGAGAGGUGCAAGCAGGUGCUGAACUCCUUCAGCCGUGACGGAAGAGGUGCCGGCGAAAUGAGGUUGCCCGCUAUCCGGUUGGCCGAAACAACAUCCUGCCUAACCGCCGUCCAGACACUCAUCGACCGCUUAGCGGGACGCCCCGACGCGGUCUCUUCGCCUCUCUAUUCUCAGCUCGUGCUGCUGCAUCCAACGCUCGUGGAGUUGAUCCCGUGUUGUCAUGCUGAUCCGCAGGUCGAAUCGGCGCUCGUCUCCGCUUUGAAGGCCUACCAGACCCUUCUGCUGCUCAAGGCCCUGCCCGCGCACGUCUCA